AUGGCGUCUCCUCCCUUCGAUAGUAUCACCUCGUUCACCAAGACCUGGCACAAUGAUACCUACCCAGCCAUCUCGCCCACAAGGCCAGACCUUUCGGUAGCUGGCAAGCACGUCGUCAUCACGGGCGGCGGCACAGGCAUUGGUAAGGCUGCCGCAAUUGCCUUUGCCCAGGCCAAUGCCAAGUCGGUGUCUAUCAUUGGGCGUCGCCUCGACCGCCUCCAGACUGCUGGCCAGGCCAUUACCGAAGCCAACUCGUCGACCCAGGUCAUCUUGCAGACAGGCGACGUUACCAAACGCGCCUCCAUUGAGGCGGCCCUAACUGCGAUUGUCGCUAAAAUCGAGAGCAAGAUUGACAUAUUCCUCGACAAUGCCGGUAUCCUUCCGGAAGAGGCUCCUGUUAUCGGCUACCAGGAGGCAGAGAUCCGUCGAGGCUUUGAGAUCAACUUUCUCGGCCCGUUCAACUCACUGCAAGCAUUCACCCCUUUGGCGGCUCGCGGUGCAAAGUUGCUGCACACAGGAUCUUCCAUCGGUCACUGGGCUCCUCUCCCAGAGGUGCCAGGAGUGUGGAAUUAUGCUGCCAUCAAAGGAGCGGCACAGAAGAUGCUUGACUAUUAUGCAUCUGAGAACCCGGAUAUUCACCUACCUGGACAUUUUGUUGUGUGGCUUGCGUCGGAUGAAGCUGCUUUUCUGAGAGACAAGUUUGUCUGGGCGAACUGGGAUGUUGAGGAGCUCAAGGCUCGAGCAGAUGAGAUCCGGGCAUCAUUUCUGUUGAGGAUAUCUCUCAAUGGCGUCGAUGUUUAA